AUGCUGCAACCCCAGCUUCAAGACCAUCCUAACUCAUCAUUGAUAAGACCGCAGCGUGAAAUCACUGAAGGUGACCAGUGCCACGGCAAGCAUCCCCAAGAGCAUCCUCCUCGCUCUAGUCCUUUUCUCCCAAGGGACCCUCAAACCAACCCUAUAGCAUGGCCUGCGGCAACAAUCUGUGCAAUUCUUUUGCUGAUCAUGAUACUAGGAGGCCUAAUCGUUCUCAUAGUCUAUCUCAUCUAUCGACCACAUAGUCCACUGUUUGAUCUCAACGGCGCCACCUUGAAUGCAGCCUCUCUCGACAUGGGUUAUCUGCUCAAUGUUGAUGUUAGUCUACUGUCUAACUUCACAAAUCCAAACAAGAAGGUGAACAUCGAUUUUAGUCACAUGUAUCUUGGUCUUUACUUUGAGAAUUCCCUGAUUUCUACUCAAUACCUAGAGCCUUUCUCAGCUGCAAAAGGUGAGACCAUGUUUGCAAAUAUUCAUAUGAUAACCAGUCAGGUUAAGCUUUCAAUGGAAGAAACAGUUCUGUUUCGGAACCAGAUCGCGAACAAUCAAGUGAUGUUUACAGUCAAAGGGGUGUUCCGAGCUCGGUCAAAACUCGGAGGUUUAUUUAAAUAUUCAUAUUGGUUGCGUGGUUAUUGUGGCAUCAUAGUUUCAAGCCCUCCAACAGGGGUCUUAAGGGAGAGAAAAUGCAGAACCAAACACUAA